AUGAGUAAUCGUUCCAGUGCCACUGAAUUCCACCUUCUGGGCUUUCCAGGGUCGCAGGAACUACGCAUCACUCUUUUUGUCAUCUUUUUCUUUUUCUAUUCAGUGACAUUAAUGGGAAACACGGUCAUCAUUGUGAUUGUCUGUCUGGACAAGCGUCUGCAGUCCCCCAUGUAUUUCUUUCUUGGCCACCUCUCCACUUUGGAGAUCUUGAUCACAACUAUUAUUGUUCCUGUGAUGCUGUGGGGCUUGCUGCUUCCUAAGGUACAGACACUAUCUCUGACUGCUUGUGUGGUCCAGCUUUUUCUGUACCUUUCUGUGGGAACCACAGAAUUUGCAUUACUGGGAGCUAUGGCUGUGGACCGUUAUGUGGCUGUCUGUAACCCUCUGAGGUACAACAUCAUUAUGAACAGUAGCACCUGCAUCUGGGUUGUAGUUGUGUCUUGGGUAUUUGGGUUUCUUUCUGAAAUCUGGCCAGUCUAUGCCACUUUUCAAUUUACCUUCUGCAAAUCCAAUGUGUUAGACCAUUUUUAUGACCGAGGGCAACUGCUCAGACUCUCCUGUGAAGACACUCUUUUCACAGAAUUCAUUCUUUUCUUAAUGGCUAUUUUCAUUAUCAUUGGUUCUCUGAUUCCAACCAUUGUCUCCUACACCUACAUCAUCUCCACCAUCCUCAAGAUUCCCACAGCUUCUGGGCAGAGGAAAGCCUUCUCUACAUGUGCCUCCCACUUCACCUUUGUCAUCAUAGGCUAUGGCAGCUGCCUAUUUCUCUAUGUGAAGCCCAAGCAGACUCAGGCAGCUGAAUACAACAAGAUUGUAUCCCUGUUGAUUUCUGUGUUAACCCCUUUCCUGAAUCCAUUUAUCUUCACGCUUCGGAAUGACAAAGUCAAGGAGGCUCUUCAUGAUGGCAUGAAACGUUGCUGUCAACUCCUCACAAAUUGA